ACUACUCAUUCUACUUAAAUUUUGUUGGUGACAUUUUGUAUCAUCUUUUUGUAAAUGUCUCUAAUUUUUCAUGUGAAAUGAGCUAUUGAUCAAUAUGUUCGAAGCAGUCAGUCUUUGAUUGCCAUUUGCCACACUAGUUAUUUGGUCUCCAAGAGAACUUUUCCUUAAUGGAAAGAAAACCAUGGCAAUAGCCAAUAGCAGAGGUUUUGUUCUUCUUGGUGCCAAAAUCAUCUGAAACCUAUGACCCAGAGAAAUUCUUGGCAUGCUUAUGUGCCAAGUAACCAAACUGGGGGAGGGUAGGAGGGAGAGAGGAAGAGAGAGAUCUUAGUCAAUCAAAUAAUGCAUUAAAAAAGGUUAACUUUUUUAUUGUCGUUUGGAAUCUCUUUGGUGAUCUGUCCUCUUUUUUUAAAAAAAGUUCCAUUCAUUUUCCAAUUCUUUGUUAGUCAACUGUCUAACCUUGGCUUUUGAUCAAGCCCUGCCCAGAGAUCUCCAGCUUUCUCUUUGGGAGCAGAACUUUGGGUCAUCAUUCAUCUCUGAUGAGUCCAUAGUCCUAUUCCAUUUCUUAUUCCUAACAAUCAUCUAGCACGUUUGAUAUUCUGGUUCGAAGUUCUCAGUUCGAUGGCAGAACUUGGUGAUCAACCCUUGUUCAGCUGUAGAAAUUGCGGAAAUCCUCUUGCCCUGCGCAGAGACCUGCUUUCCAAAGAUUUUUUGGGAAAAAGUGGGCCAGCGUAUAUGUUUGUACAUGCAAUGAACAUCAUUGUGGGGCAAAAAGUAGACAGGAAGCUCUUGACUGGUCUGUACACUGUUGCAGACAUCUAUUGCAGCAAUUGUGGUGAGACAUUAGGCUGGAAAUAUGUUCGGGCUUAUGAGGUCAGAGACAAGUUCAAGGAAGGGAAGUUCAUAAUAGAGAGAGCGAAGAUUGCCAAGGAAUAUUAAUAAUCCCACUAUUAUAACUCAAUAUCAAUAAUAAUUCCAUUAUGAGAAAGACCCUUGUUUCAUUUGUCCCAGUAAAAUGUAAUUAAGCAUGUUAGUUCCUCAUGUUCUGCUGUUAAGUUACUAUAUACAUGCCUGUAUUUGAAACUUGAAAGUUGUGUUGGAUACUGUAAACUCUUGUGGCUCCUUUGUACUAAAAUCAAUAAGAAUACUCUUAUUCCCA